AGACUCAAAACCAAGAUGGCGUCUCUGAAGAAAAGAAUAACGCCAUACAUUAUGGCGCGGAAGUAGACAAAACGGUUACAAACGUUUAUGUCUGAGAGUACCAGCUCGAUUAAAAUUAUACAAAUCUUUUCGAAAGGAUACUUUAUAAUUCGCCACUUCUUGCUGAUUUUUUAUUAAAAGAAAUUGUCGCGAGCGAAAAAAGCAUAUCUGCAUAGAUAUGGAAGAUGUUGAUGAAGAAACUGCCCCAAGCGGUAGAGAACACUUGCGUCGAGCAAGCUCAUCGCUUAAAUCUCCUGAAUUAAGGCAGAGUUUAAACGGUCGGUCUGCAUUAAGGUUACGUGGAAGGAGUAGUCAAAAACCGGCAGAGCUGUUCCGAAAAGAUUUAAUAUCUGCUAUGAAAGUACCUGAUAGUGAACAUUUACCCCUAGAAGAUAUUAUCAUAAUUAAUGAUCCCUGGAAACAAGAAUGGGAGGCUGGUGUUCAAGUCCCUGUUAAUCCAGAUUUCGACAGUUGUCCAAAAGUAGUCAAAGUAACCAAUCUCAAUGAUAAUAAUGUUCGCUUCGUUCGAUCUAAAAAAUACAUCCAUCAAACAAAAGAUGAAACUUAUGACGAGAAAGAGCAUAAAUUAAGCAAUUACGAUAAAAUCGGUGAAUCCUUAUGCCGUUACGAUUUGGAUCUAAUGGACAUUAGCUGGCUCGAGAUUUUUAAUCGAGGGAGAACAUCAUCUGGCAUUGAAACACUUGGUGCACGGCAAAUGGAGCGCAUUAUAGAAUGCUUUGAAGAUAAGUGUCAUGAAAAUAUGCAAAUGCGUGAAAAAACAGGAGCUGGUCUAGGUAUCGAAUACGACGAAAAUGUCGUUUGUGAUGUUUGUAGAAGUCCUGACGCUGAGGAUAAUAAUGAGAUUGUAUUUUGCGAUGGGUGUGAUGUAUGUGUUCAUCAAGGUUGUUAUGGAAUUCAGAGAAUACCAGAUGGACCUUAUUAUUGCAGGCCCUGUGCUUUGGGUGUUAAGAAAGAAUGCGUCUUGUGUCCAAAUACCGGUGGUGCUUUGAAAUCAACCCGGUCAGGAUUACAGUGGGCGCAUUUAUCUUGUGCUAUAUGGAUACCUGAGAUAGCUAUUGAGAAUACCAGUGAUUUAAUGGAACCAAUCAAACACAUCCAAAGCAUACCUCAGUCUAGAAGAAAUUUAGCUUGUUGUAUUUGCAAAAGGAAGAAAGGAGCUUGUAUCCAAUGUUCAAUAAAAAGUUGCGUUAAAGCAUACCAUGUAACAUGUGCUCAAAGAAGUGGUUUAACUAUGAAUUGUACUCCGUCCUCAAAAGGAACUAUUAAUUACCUAAGUUAUUGCCCCAAACAUUCUAAAAACAAAUCAGAUUUGACCACUGACAAUGAUGACGACGAUGAUGUAACCAUUGAUUUUUGUCAGGAGAAUAGAAACACUAAAAUUGAAAGACUAAAAGAAGAAUUUUAUACUCUGGUCAACGCCGCCGACGUAGCAUGUACAUUGAAGGAAAAAGUUGAGAUUGUUGAAAAUGUUCACGUCUACUGGACGUUAAAAAGAAAAUCUUUUUUUGAUAAACCUUUAUUGCAUCCUAAAACCGACGACUCCUUAACGGAAGCUGAAAAUGACCUUCUCAACAGAAGAUUGGCAAUGUUUAUAAAACUUCGCCAAAAUUUAGAAAGGGUCAGGAAUUUAUGUUAUCUUGUAACGAGGAGAGAAAAACAUAGUAAAAAGUUGGCUAAUGUUAAAAAAUUAAUCAUUCACAAACAAGCAGAAAUGCUCGAAAAUACCAGCUUAACCAGUAGAGAAAAGCCGCAAGUAAUAAGAGCGCAUAGAGUUGCACCGAUUUAUGAUGAUCAUGAUUCAGUGAAGGCUCGAACUGCCAUAUUGGAAAGUGACGCCUUUCAACAACGAUACGGCUAUCAUGAUUCGCAAAUUAUUACCAACAAAGUCAAUAAAAAUGGUGUAGUUAUAGAACAACAUGAGCGAAAAUCAUUUUCGGAUGACAAACGCCCAUUUCGAACAUUAAAAAUUCCCGAUUCAGCAACUACACCAAAGUUUAAGCCAAAUUCUAAAAAGCAAAUAGUGAAAAAUGAAACCGAACUUACUGAUAAGACCUCAAAAGUGAACGAUUUAAAACAAAAGCGUGGUCGAUCAUCUAAAAUAAUUAGUGAAGUAGAAAGAAAAGCAAAAAAAUUAAAAUUUGGAGCUCAAAAGUUGUUAAAAAAGAGAAAACCAACUGUAUUUCAACGAUUGUCUCAACGAAAUCAAGUGAAGAGUAAAGUUAAACUCGAAGCAGGCGAUAGCUGCUAUAAUGAAAAUGAAAAUUCUUCAAAUUCUGUGAGCGCUUUAAAAACCAUAAAUGAAACCAGAACUCUUCGUAUUAAAUUAGCCAAGACACCAUCUGAAAGUGGGAAAAAAUCUGAAAAAGUUGUCAAAUCUGUUAAUAAGGAGGAUGAAAGUAAAACUUCUGAUAAUGCGUUAAGGCCUAAAAGUGUUUCUUUAGAUCAAAGAUCAACAACGGAUUCUUUAUCAAGCAAAAACCUCAGAAGUAGAUCAACAGACCGGCCAUCUCUAAUUAACAGAGUUCCUUUUAAGGGACGAAAGAGAGGCUAUGCUCCCCCUGAAUCUGAUUAUAAUUCUCGUUUAACUAACUACGAUGGUUAUAAGAAGCCAAGAAUUUGUGAGAAAGAAGCAAAGGAGCGUCUCAGUGACGAAGAUGAGAAUAGACGAUCAGAGAGAUUACGUUGUAAAAGCCCACCAUCGCCGUAUUGCGCUCACUCAGCAUCAACACCGCAGAAGAAAAGUACUACUCUUGUUGAAGGAAGUAGAGCCCCAAUCACUUCUUUUUCUACUCAAUUAAAUGAAACAUCCUCUAAAAUGAAAGCAAAACUCAAUGAACUGAACAACGUUCCACAGAGGAAAAAGAAAAUCAUACGAUGUCUACGUUCGCGUCUGUCGUAAGAACGAGCCUUUGAUAAUGGAAGGUAUUCGUUAUUUGAAAUAUCAAACUGUUCUAUUUUUGUUUCGUAUUUUUCUAUAUUGUAAUCAUAUUUAUAAAAAAUAAAUUUUCCACUCAUACUAGUUUCAUUGAAAUCAAUAGACGUAAAAGAGUCCAAAAACUAACGGGCAGUGAACAUACCAGAAAUAUACAGGUGUAGAGACGAGACAUAACAAACAUUAUAUAACAAAAUAAUCUAGCUAUUUUCACAUCAACCAGAGUGAUAAUCUGCAAUUAAAACGUCGCAGUAAGUGUUAGCAUAACCAAUUUGCGCAUUGAUGCUACAUUGAUGCUCAAUUAACGAGGUACAAGGGAAAUUUUUUUCUGGAUUUCCUAAGUUGAACGACGAUCCUGUGAAACAAGAAACGGUCAAUCACCAAUAGUUCAUCCAAAAACCGUCUUUCGCGACAAAACAAAUAGGUGUUGGUGUUUUGACAGUUGACGUAAGAUAAUUUGAAAUCUCGAGACAAGUUUGCGGAUUUGAAGGAUUAUCAUCUGAAAAUGCCAUAAGCGGAAAUAGCUUAAAACGAUUUAAAAAAAAAGAAAAUUCCCAACACCGGUGUUUGUAUCAAAAGAAAUAACAAUGAUAGAAUAAUUAUUUACGAACCGUUUGAUGUUUCGCUCACUUUUGCUUUUUUUGACAGAUCCAUGAAAACACUUUGAUCACAUAGUGACCUUUUACGAGAAAUCUGCGUGAAAGGAUUACUACAACCGUUUUGAAAAGUUACUGGAGUUGAAAAUCCAUUUCGAUUAUUGUUUACAAGGCUGUUGUCCUUCAUGUCGACAUCUUCCUGAGUUGACUCGUUUGACUUUGAAAGUGGUAGCAUGGCUUGCCUGAAUAUUAAAUAGUACUUUAACUAGAUGGAAUUAAACUUAAAGUUCGAUUUUUCCGAGUUCUAAAGAAGCGCGUAGAAUCAGGCCUAAAUGACCUUGACUCUGAAUUCUUAAGUUCUGGCGCCAAAAUGUUGUAAAAUGAAAUAAAUUCUACAUUACUAAAAUCAGGAAGAAAAUUAACAGAAAAUGGCAGCAAAAGAAUAUAGAGAUAUGGUUAAUAUACUAGUGCUUAAUUUACAUAAAAAUUUCCAUAACGACGCCGGUUAAGCGAACAGCUUGCCGAGAAAUAUGCUUGAAAAGCGUCAAAAUUUAUCGAAAUCACGAUAAGUUUUUAGGCUUUAAUAAUAAAAAAUGAAUUUAGUCUUACUUAGUAGUUUCUUUUUUCGAUAAAAUAAAGUAAAUUACCUGAAUUUGUUAUAAAAGAACCUGAGCAAAUAAAAACCGAAUAUGUAUGGCGCAUGCGCUUUGUUAGGAGCCUUAGAUGGCGCUUUUCGCGCGAAUUUGUUCU